UACACCGCGACUGUCCUGACAGAGCCAGGGAACCAUCAGCCACAGUGAACUUCAGGCCAGAACACCGCCUCUGUCUUCCGCUCACAACAUUGAGCUGUGCAUAGCCCGUCGGUGGAGCUCAGUGCCGUUUGACGAUUUUGAGAGAGGAUAAAAAGCCCGGAGCUGAAGCUAGCUUAUCUAGUCGGAGAAGCUAUGGAGCUGCCAUCUGUCCCUAUCGUUAUCUGUAAACAGAACUAGCAGCAUCCCCAGAACCGUGCAGCAUGGCGGAAUCCACAGAGAACUUUGGUGACGAGGACGACACAACCGUAAGCAUGUUCCAUUACAUCAACCGGAAAGCCCUGGCUUCAUUCGAGCUCAUCUUCUGUAUCUCUGGCCUCGUGACAAACUUCGCAGUCAUCGUCGGCAUCCUGCUGGAGCCCAAAUUGCGACGCUCCUCCAAACACUUUAUCAUAGUCAAUAUCUGCAUUGUUUGCCUGAUCCAGAUUGGAGUGCUCGGCACAACCAACACAUACAGCUCCAUCACGAACCAUCACAUAGUUGGACCUGAAAACUGUUUCUCAAUCGUAUUAGAAUCCAUCGGUUACUUUAACGUGUCAGUGGUGUUAAUGUUAGUAACUGCACUGUGUAUUGACGCAUACCUAGACAUGCUCCUCCCCCACACAACGGGAAAGAAGAUCAGAGUGUGUGUGGCUACAGAGUUGAUCCUCUGUAGCUGGUUCGGGAGUGCCAUCCUCAUCGUCCCCCUCGUGGUGUACGGAAAGACCCAACCCACCAGCUGUGACUUCAACCUGAAGGAGAACUACCGUACCAUGCUUGGCCUCCUCCAUUACCUGCCCCAGGCGGUCAUCGUAUUCUUCCUCGGCAUGCUGCUCUUACUCUGCACCAUUAUCAAACGUGGUAGGGAUUCUCUUACACAACGACCUAACGAGUUCCCGAUCGAUAUCUUGGUGGCGUGUCUCAUUGUCAUCACUCUCAAUCUCCCCUUCUCGGUGUUCUCUACGGCCUUCAACUACUGCUCCAAGGACGACAACGACGCUUGUGCGUCCAUGUACACGUUCUGGGCUGUGUCCUCCAGGCUUAGUUUCUCCACGUUUGUAGUGCUUCCGUAUGUAUGGAUGCUCAGCAAGGCCAUCAGACAAAGCCUACACCGUGUUUUGUGCUGCUGUUCCAAACAACCCAACGUCAACAGAAACAGCUACGUCAGCGUUUACACCGACAACGACCUAAGGCUGUAGCUGCAAUGGCUUACGUUAAACAAAUGACACACUGUGAUUGACCAUACCUUACACAAGGUAGUAUUAAAAUGCAAUGAUUGUUGUUGUUCUCACAACUCCAUAGUUUACUGUUCCAAAGGGACCUGACAAAGAUCACCCUUCAGUAAGGCGAUGGCUUGCACUGACUGCACAAUCUUUUAGAUGGCAAUAGGGACACCCAUUGUCAUAUUGUUGUGAUCAGAGUUCCGCAAUGUACAAAUUACCUCCUC